UUUCCCUGUUCGCACACAUGGCUCUCCGCUUCCUGUAAGUAGGUCUGCGUAGUUCUGUUCUGCGGGAAUGCGCGCAAGAAUCAUUCAAAUCAGAAGAAAAGCCUUUGCGGUUUAAGAGGUCAUGUGAUCGUAUCCACAAAGGAGAAUGGAGCGCUUAACAGGAGCAGGUGUGGGGCCGCUGGCUGUAGGUGCAGUUGGGCUGCUGAUCUUAUUGAGAUUGAUCCAAAGAGCAAGAGGCAAGCAGAUUCUACAGGAUAAAGUCGUGGUCAUCACUGGAGCCAGCUCUGGUCUGGGCAAAGAGUGUGCGCGGGUGUUCCAUGCUGCAGGAGCGAGGCUUAUCUUGUGUGGGCGAGACCAGAAGAGACUGCAGGAGGUUGUUCAGGAGUUAAGGGCUGUGACAGAUGGUCAGAGAAAGACCUAUACACCCUGCACAGUCACCUUUGACCUCUCUGACACGGACACAGUUGCCAGGGCAGCAGUGGAGAUUCUGAAGUGCCACGGUCAUGUUGACGUCCUCAUUAACAAUGCUGGCAUUAGUUACCGUGGCAACAUCCUAGACACUCAUGUCUCUGUGCAAAGGGACGUCAUGGAGACCAACUACUUUGGCCCCGUUGCCCUGACCCAAGCUAUUCUUCCCUCCAUGGUGGAAAGAGGCAGUGGACACAUAGUAGCCAUCAGCAGCGUGCAGGGAAAGAUAGCCAUCCCUUAUAGAUCUGCUUAUGCAGCAUCCAAGCAUGCAACGCAGGCCUAUUUUGACUGCCUUCGAGCAGAGGUGGAAAGGUUCGGCUUACAGGUGUCAAUCAUCAGCCCGGGGUACAUAAGAACGAACCUAUCAGUCAACGCUGUUACUGGAGAUGGAUCUAAGUAUGGUGUGAUGGACAAGACCACGGCAUCCGGACGGGAACCAACAGAGGUGGCUCACGCUGUUCUGAAGGCUGUCCGUCACAGACAGAAAGACGUUCUGUUGGCUGGACCUCUGCCCACUCUCGCUGUCUACCUCCGCACUCUCUGGCCUGCUGCCUACUUCAGAGUGAUGGCCUCUCGUGCCAAGAAAGAACAGAGAAUAAAAGAACAGUAAAAGCAACCACAGCUGUUUAAGCCACUGAGAAAGAGAAAGCGAUUCAUUCAGUGGACAUUUACGGAUUACCUUUUGUUUUUAGCAGGUGUGUUUUGGUGUGUUUGAUAAAGGCACUUUUAUUGUAUGUCACGUGUUCCAAAAACAGAAGCUGGAGAAUUUGUAUUUCUGAGAAACACAGAAGUUAGAGAGCAAUGGAAGUCUAGUACUGAAGGAUGACAAUGUAAUACAGCUGUGGAAUGAGGAAUAAAACUUAAGGGUAUUUAAGGUAA